AAAUGUCUUUUUCGAGUUCAUUUGUUGUAAUGUGCUUCGGCUUGGCACUAUUGAAUGUUUUUUCAGUAGAUGCGACGCCAUUAACAGAUGUUACAUACACUGCAAAUGCUGCAUAUAAUUCUGUAUUACCUGAAGUAAAUGGUGUUUUACCGAACUCAGCAUACAAAAACGGAUUAACAACCAACAAUGGAUUGGUAGAUGCGGCAUCCAACAAAAAUUAUUUAGAUACUGGUAUUGACAGUGUAACAAAGAACACGGCAUACUCAAGCUCAGUAACAACCAUUGAUAAUGAACCAUUAUUAGCCGUUCGGUCUCCCGGCGUACUCGAUGCUAUGAUGUAUGAUACUUCUAAAUUAAUGGGUGACAUGGAUAGUUACGCCAAAGCCAAGACAUAUAACAUGCUCUAAUUUGUCUGAUUGAGAACAUUUAAGAAUAUUUCAAUGAAACCUGAUUUGUAACCAUUUGUUAUUUACUAUAAUUA